AUGGAGCAACCAAUUUUGGACGGUCAAUCGAUCAACCCUUAUCAUGCACGAAUGUUUGAUAACAUGCCUUCAUGCACGAAGGAGACUAUUGAACGACAUAGGCCUUUGCUUAUUACGAGUAAGAAGAACUGGGAGCUGACAGUUGGACGUGAGGGCCUAUCAAUAGAAAUAAAAUCUAACAUUCUCGCGCCCUCCUUUUUUCACAACACAAAGGUUCUGAACCCAAGUUUGCUACUCCACACGGCGCUAUACAAAAGGCGGGGCCACAACAGGCGAGGGAGGACUGCCGCGGGGCCGGGAUCCGGCUGUGGUGCCCGUGCAGAGGGGCUCUUGACGGCGCAGAUCCGGCGACGGAGGGCUGGCCGCGCUGGACGGGGAUCCGGCAAGGAAGGGCUGGCGCGGGGCGGAGCUCUUGGCGACGCACAUCCGGCAGCGAAGGGCCCGCGCAGGGCACAUCCGGCGACGAAGGACUGUGGUGGGCGGGGCGGGGCUCUUGGCAGGGAGGAACCGGCAGUCCACGGUGUGGCAAGCGGCGGACACCGUGGUGAGAGGAGACGAGUGGAUCGGGGAUGA